AUGGUCGCCACUCGGGCUGCGAAGCGUAGACGGCUGGCGGAAAAUGCUAGAGCCGUCGCUGCCUCCACGUCAGAUGAGCCUCAGAACACAUUCCUCAAGUUGCCUCAGGAGAUCCGCGAGCAAAUCUACACCUUUAUCUUUGAGGACAAUGGGAUGGAGUUCCGUUGGAAAGCUAUACUGCUCCUUUGUGCCUCAUCUCCUAUGCUCCACUGGGGAUCAUAUGACCUAGACGGCCCCAGGGGCCUUCCCUCAUGGAUAUUGACUUGCAAACAGACGUUGCACGAAGUCGUAGAAUUCAUUGCACGAACGCAUACUAUAAGGGUAGUGCAAAAGAUUGGAUGGCCGGAGCGAGCCAUGGAUGAAGCGCCCAACCCACUUGUUAUUUCCAACAAUGGCAUUCGUAACAUUUACUUAAGUCGUACUGAGGGGUGGCUGGAUGUCUCAUGGCUGCGUGGCUCUUGCGGACUUGCCAUUUGGCGUCCUCUGCGCAAACAUUACUUCCUUAGCGCGUUGAAAGACCUGAGAUUAACGGAUGUAUGCCUUGAGCUGUGCUGGGGUCGCUGGGUGGAGAAUCCUAUUCAGGCGUCUUCUUGGAGAGGCGGCGAGCGGAUAGGCUUCUUGGCAGACUGGACUCCGUAUCGGGAGGGAAGGUUUCAAAAAGUUACCAUCGACGUCACGGUCUGCUAUGGGACUGAGCAGGGAAGUCCUAAUCAACAGUUGAUGCGCGAAGCUAAGAAAUUGGCAGUCCAGUUGGUUGGCUCCGGCGGAGUGGUUACAUGGUGUGAUUACGACGGCAUCGGCGACACCAGCCUAAUACGGAAAUGCGUGGUUGUUGAGCGCAAGAUUUGA